AUGGAUCAAGACGACGGUCAUUAUGGGGGUUCCCACUCCAUGUCAGGCACCUCCAUCAUUGGAGCGGAGGAUGAAGACUUUGAGAAUGAUAUUGAGCCGCAUGUUGAUGACCAAAGCAGUUAUUUCCAAAGCAUUGAACUAGUGAAAACGCACCCUGCUUAUAUUAUGGUGUUCCUGCAUCAUGUUGUACUACAGUUUGACCCAAGCCCAGUGCUCUGUUACCUCCACGUGGAGAUCUUAAGAAGCCUCACAGCCAAAGAGGGAAAAAAGCUUUUCAUGGAUUUCUACAACACGUUCCUCAUGAAAGGAGCAGUUUUGCGUGUCCAAAUUCCAAGCAACAUCUCCUUUGAACUGGAUCGGACAAGGCCAGACCUCAUCCAAGAUGACACACUGAAGAAGUACCUCCAGGAAAUUCAGGCUUACCAGUUUCCGGAGAUUGCCAGACAGCUGGAAGAUUUCAGGACUAAACGGGUAUUGGGUAUGACCCCUGGGGAGACAGAACUAAAAGAACUGGAGUCUUAUCGGACCAAUGAUAAAUACAUCCUACAAUCCAAAGAGAAACAGCUGGCAGAGCGCCUACUGGGCAAGCUGGAUGAUAUGCACCCAAGCAUCUCUUCGGACGAGGAGAAAAGCUCUGCUAUUGUUCAUGCCAUCGUCAUCUACAUGAAGCACAUCGGGGUGAAGACCAAGGCGGCGGAUAGCAAAAAAGCCAAAAGUGGCUUUUUCCGGAAAAUGGUGUCUGCUAAGAAGCCAGAUGAACCUCCAAAGAGCAAGAAACCGUUCAGCAUCUGGAACCGCAAUGAAACACCUCACAAUGUUGAUCCCAGGCCGAAGGUUGAGCCCGAAGCUGACAAACAAGGGACCCAGGAGAGAAGGGUCAGUCAUGGGCAGAGGACCUUUGACAGAAGUGACAGCAAUCUGGUAAAACCCAAAGCCACCAAUGAGGGGCCGGAGCCCGGUGUAUCUGUCACCAUACACCCUCCACCCAGUGAUCCCAGCGACAGUGACACAGUGUCUGAUGGAACAUCAUCCCUUGAUGUCACCGAUGUGUCCAAAGGGUCUCCAACCACAGAGCUUUGCCCAACAGACCAGCAAGAGGACAGUGCUGAGAAUGACAGACGGAAGAAAAGGAACUCUAGUAAACUGGGCCGCUCAGAGAGCCUUCGAGUUUAUGAGCGCAAGCGUUCCCAGCGAGGUUCAGCCAAAGGCAAGCAGGCGCGCUCUCGCAGCGACGUGGACCUGGAGGCUGCAGCCCGAGCAAACGACAUGCAGCUCUCUUCAAGCAAAUCCGGCUCUAAAACAGGCAACUUCACUCCUGAGCCUGGAGGGAGUGCGGAGGGUCCGCUGUCCUUUCUGCUUCCCCAGUCUGAGGAGACUGAGCCGCGCGUUUUGGAGAUCGAGAAUGACCCCCCAAACUGGAGGGAACUCGUCCCCCCUGAAACACUCCUCAGGCUGACGAAAAGCGAAAUCAAGCGGCAAGAGGUCAUCAAUGAACUGCUGUUCACGGAGCACGCUCACGUUCGGAUGCUGCGUGUCCUGCAUGACAUCUUCUACCUUCCCAUGCAGAAUGCCUGGAUACCCAACAUGGAGUUGGAAAACAUCUUCCCCAGUCUUGAUGACCUUAUAGAGGCUCAUGCCUUGUUCCUGGAAAACUUGAAAAAGCUGCGUUCGGAGAACAACUCCAUUAUCCAGGAGAUUGGGAACACGUUGCUACAGCGGUUUGAUGGUCCCGAGGGACAAUGGUUUCAGAAAAUAUCUUCGAGGUUCUGUAGCCGACAGCCAUUUGCCUUGGAACAGCUCAAGCAGAAGCAGAAGAAAGACGCCAGAUUCACCCAAUUUAUUCAGGAGGCGGAAAGCCAUCCUCAAUGCCGCCGGUUACAGUUAAAGGAUAUCAUCCCAUUUGAGAUGCAAAGACUGACCAAAUACCCCCUACUACUGCAGAACAUUGCAAACCUCACGGAGGAAGAAGAGGAGAAGCAGAAAGUAAAAAAGGCAGCUGAGAGUUGCCGACAGAUCCUGAACCAUGUUAAUACAGAAGUCCGAGAGAUGGAGAAUAAGAUGAAACUUACUGAUUACCAAAGACGUCUUGAUAUAUCAAACUUGAAGCAGAGCAAUGACCCGCUAUUCAAUGAGUUCAAGAACAUUGAUAUCAGCAAGAAAAACCUCAUCUAUGAGGGAGCACUUACUUGGAGGGUCAGCAAGGACAAGUCAGUGGAGGUUCACGUCCUGCUGCUGGAUGACAUCAUGAUGCUGCUGCAGAAGCAGGAUGACCGUUUAGUCUUGAAGUGCCAAAGUCGGACGCUCACCCCAACGCCUGAUGGGAAGCUGAUGCUGAGUCCGAUCAUUAAGCUGCAUACGGCAAUGGCUCGAGAAGUGGCUACUGAUAACAAAGCCUUCUUUGUCAUAUUCAAAUGGGAGGACAGACCACAGAUCUAUGAACUGGUGGCUCCUACCAUAUCUGAGAAAAACAUGUGGUUUUCUCUAGUCAAACAGAAUACUGGACAUUUUGAACCUGCUUCACGCAAUCCAAGACCUUCUUUUACUAAUCCACGCAUGAUCCCACAGAGCCCCUCAGAAUUUAGUGAGAAUGGAGCUUCCCUGAAAGAGUCUGUUACUAAAGAUGAAAAAGAGUCUUUGGAGGAAGCUGUUUUAGGACAGGAGAGUCUUGGGGACCCUACAGCCCUUAUGGAACAUCUGGGCCACAAUUUGGGAGGGAAUGUAGCCAAUGAAGCUCUGGAAGUGGUGUCGGUGCUGAAGAGGAUGCUAGUACGUAACAUCCGCCUCAGCAUAGAUGCAGAUUCGUUCCCAAACCUGGUGAGUUUAUCCGAAGAAACUGCAGGAUCUCAAAAUGCACCUGAAGAAAAGCCUGCCAAUGGAGAUCAGGAGGGAGAUGACUUUGUUCCAGAGUCUGAGCGAGAAGGCAAAGACCCAGGAGAGAACGGUCAAGACCUGGCCUCCAGAGAUGUUGGAGAGUUUAUGUGCGCCCCCAUCGUACUAUCUCAGGAGCAAUCAGAUGAGGUUAGAACUCACAUCCUACUACUGGAAAAGAAAGUCUACCAACUCAAGUUGAUAGAAGAGGAUUAUCUACACCUGCAAGGGACAGUCGCCAAAUUCCCUGUAUCACAAAGUAGUUUUACAUGAAACAGGUGACAUCUUGCCACAAUCUGCCCGUUCAUCACUUCAUGUUCACCAAGGACGAUAGCAACUCCAUGCCAAAACUUCCGUCUUGGUGUUUCCUUUGGGCUGGAUAUGCGGGUUGGACUAAACAAGACUGCCAGUCAUAGGACGUGGGUGGGCGACCCUUUUUUAAAGGAGGCUCCUGUUUUAUUUCCAUUGGCCAAGACACAAGUGCCUUUUUGUUUUUUAUAUGAAAUUUUUUUCUGGGACUGUAGCAGAGCGAGAGAUCUAAACAUCUCUCUCUAUAUACAUAUAUAUAUAUUAUGUAUUCUUAUUUUUUUUUCUUUAAGUAUAUAUAUCAGAUAUAGAGAUUGUUAUUGUAGCUGUACAGUAAAAUGAUCUUGUUUGCUUAUUAGAGAAAAGACUGGUCUUUCGGUGCCUCCUCCCUAAAUUUUAUAAAGAUACACAAUGGAAACCAAAUUCCAAUGGUUUCCUAUCCGGAGCAGAUGGGACCAUGGGAUCAUAUUCUGACACUUCUAUAUCGAGGAAAUGAAAGGAUUAUGAAAUGAAUGGCUUAAGAGGACAAGGUUUUGGAAGCGGAAGUAAUGCGGUACGUUUAGUAGAAGAUAACUGAAUGGGAUGGUGCAAAGCCUUAAAGGAUCACGCCAGCCGUGCUUGGUAUUUCAAGUUUUUGGGUAGGUGUUGGCAGGUUGAAUUUGUAACUAGCUUCCUAUGUCUCUCAGCGGCUGCACAGCAGGUUCACCGGGCUCUUUCUCCAACAUACCUUCAUCUCAUUCAUUCU